UCGAACUCACCUACAAUUCUGUUUGAGCUAUUUCUAGAAACUUCCAUGACUAGCUAAUGCUAUAUAUAUUUAAUAUUUGUCGAUCAUUUCGGUAGGGAUUUCUUUUAGGUUUCCGAUCAAAUCAUUUAGGGAAAAAGGUAUGGCUGCACCGGAAUCGCGAUUAUCGCCGCCGUCGUUGGAGGAACUGAGCACGAGAGGCGCCUACGCGCUCCUCCUCCCAUGGAUCCUCGGAAUUGCGACCGCUUCCAACUCCUCGCCGCACGACGUAGCGGUGUACGUACACCAACCCAGCCGGUCAGUUCUGCUCUUCGAUGGCUCCAUGGACGUGGAAUCUCUCCUCCGAGAAAAUCAAUCGAUGGAAGGCCCCUCGCCGGCGUCCAAAGCGUCUAUUGAGUCAUUGCCGGCGGUGCGAAUAACGGAUCCAAAUUGGGAGUGCGCGAUUUGCUUGACGGAGUACGAAGUCAAAGGCGAAGAGUGCGUGAAGGAGAUGCCUUGCCGGCAUAAAUUUCACGCGAAUUGCAUCAACAAGUGGUUGGGGAUUCGCGGAUCGUGCCCUGUGUGUCGGUUAGUUAUGCCGGCGGCGGAGAGCAAGGAAAGCGUGGAGAGGGGCGGCUGGACGAUCCGCGUGUACUUCAGUCGGGUACGAAGGAAUUCGGAUCCAAAUACGGAUAUGGAUACGGGCACGGGCCAUGGUGAAGGGGAUUUGGGGAGGUGGCGCUAUGACGGCAGCGAUGACGGUACGGAGAUGGAUAAUAUUAAUUGAAAUUAUUUAUUUUAUGUUCUUGGAAGAUUCCUUGGAUUAACGUGGAGUUUCAUUUUUAUGUGCGUAUAGAUACAAGUCUGUGUGAAUAUUGAAACGAAUUGCAUUGUAGGUCACUAAUGUAGAAAUAACAGAAAUAGACCCCAAAAGAAUUAUGUGACCAAAAAGAAGCCCUUCAUUUUUGGGCUUAUUGGAUUCUGACCAGUCACAAUUAUGAUAUAAAUUUAUUAAUAGGAUUAUGGGGCUUCAAUAAAUGGCCCGUAAGGCUGCUUUUCUAUAUGAAACACUAUUGCUCAUUUGUGGGCCUUUCAUGAUCGAUUAGCCAUUCCUAU